UCAAGACUCAAGACAGACAGUGAACAGUGAAUCUGCCUCCAGCUGCAACUAUGAACUCAAUCACUGCCUUCCUAACCUGCCUGCUUGUCCUCUGUGCACAAGCACAACCAGCCAGCAGAUCUAACAAAUGCAAGUGUUACAAUUACAUUGGCAGGAUCAGCCCAAAGCUCAUCAAGGCUGAGCCGGUCAUUUACCACCCGAGUAUCUUCUGUCCACGUACAGAGAUCAUUGUUACCAUAAAAACCGAUACAAAGAAGUGCGUGAAUCCAGAGUCACCACUUGGACGACUCAUUCUUAAAAAUCAAAACAGGGACGGGAAGAACGGAGCUGUGAGCACGACGACUGCUGGUCAGAGUACUGCUUCAAGCUAAACAAGACGCCGCCUUCAAACUGGAGGACUGCACUGCAGACGUGAACCACUGCUGUUAGAAGGACUCCUUCAGCCUCACAGCAAAUACUGGAGAUGCAAUGAUCUUAAUGAUCACUUUGCUAUUUUUGUCCCCCUCAUGUAUAUAUACUGUAUAGACUUGAACUUUUACAUUUUUGAACAUAUGUUUUUUAAAUAUGAA